AUGUGGCCAAGAAAGCUCACGCUUUGCCUUCUCUUCUCCUUCUUCCUUUUGGGUUCCCUCCUCCUCUAUGUUCCCGCAGAGGCUAAGCAUGACACCGUCGGAAAGCAGAGAGCCUUUCGCCGUCGGUCACGCUCUGACAAUUCUUCCAUGCCUUACUCGAGCCGCACCUUCGACGUUCGAUCUUUCGGUGCUAGAGGAGAUGGAAUGACGGAUGAUUCAGAGGCGCUUCUGGCAGCAUGGAAGGCAGCUUGCUCGGUUGAAUCUGCCACCAUUCUCAUCCCAUCAGAGUUCAUGUUCCUCAUCCGCCCACUGACUUUGCAAGGACCAUGCAAGCCCAACCUUGUUCUUCAGAUAGAUGGUGUCGUAUUGGGCCCAUCGUCGUCGAGCGGUUGGCCCCGCUUUGCGCUUCAGCAAUGGAUUAAUGUGAAGUGGGUCAAGGGUUUCACGAUCAAAGGAGGUGGAAUUGUUAAUGGCCGAGGGUCAGCUUGGUGGAGAAGAUCAGAAGGCGUAAAGCCGACGGCCAUCAGAUUCUACGAUAGCCACGAUGUAGUGGUGCAAGACAUUACCAUUGAGAAUAGUCCUCAAUGCCACCUGAAAUUCGACGGUUCCAGCGGCAUCCUCGUGUCGAAGGUCAGGAUCUCGUCGCCGGAGAACAGCCCCAACACCGACGGGAUUCACCUCCAAAACACUAAGGACGUAGAAAUCGAGGACUGCAUUAUUGCCUGUGGCGACGAUUGUAUAUCGAUACAGACAGGGUGCUCCGAUGUUCAUAUCCAUGGCAUCCGCUGUGGCCCCGGUCACGGCGUAAGUAUAGGCUCUCUUGGAUUUGGUGGCAUCAAUGCAUGUGUGAGCAAUAUAACAGUUGAAGACAGCACCAUCCAUACAGCCACAAAUGGAGCCAGGAUCAAGACUUGGGCGCAUGGAAGGGGCUCUUUAAUGGGGGUGACGUUCAACCGGAUCUCCAUGUCCGACGUCGACAUACCUAUCGUGAUCGACCAGUUCUACUGCGACAAGAAUUCAUGCUCGGAAAGUGGUGAGGGAGUGUCCGUCUCCAGCGUCACCUUCAGCGGCAUCACCGGAACUUACGCGGUACAGCCCGUCUACCUAGCCUGCAGUCCCAGGCGGCCCUGCACGGACAUCACCUUGUCCGGCAUCGAGCUCUCGCCCUCGUCGGCGGGGUCCCGCGGCCAGCCACUAGUCUGCCGCAACGCUUACGGCGACUCCACGGGCAAGCUCUCCCCCGAUGGCGUCGACGCCUGCCUCGGAAAGGGCAACCGCCAGUACACGGCCUCCGCCCUCUCCCACCACCGCAGUCAGUGCCCCACAAUUUGA